GUCUGGGGGGGCAGGUCCUCCCUGGCCCAGGCCCCUCCCUGGCCGGCCCCCCUUCUGCCCGCCGAGGGGCUGCUCGGUCUCCCUCUCGGGGUGAGUCUCGCCGUGGGGAGAAGGGGGGGCGGGGGGGGCUGGUCAGAUCCUGCAGGGGGGGAGGCCCAAAUCGGGGGGGGGCGAGGGGGCCAGGGCUCUGCCCCCUGGGGGAGGGAGGGGUGGGGGGGAGGCUGCGGGUAAUAAUAAUAAUAUUUUUUUAUUUAUACCCCGCCCUUCCUGGUUCAAAAACGGGGCUCGGGGCGGCAAACAGCCAAUUUAAAACACUGCACUUUAAUGUUUUAAUGUUGUAUUUUAAUCUGGUUCCUUCAACUUGUUUUUAUGAUUGGUUGUUAGCCGCCCUGAGCCGGGCCUUGGCUGAGGAGGGCGCGCCAUAAACAAAAACUAUUGUUGUUAUUAAUGAUAAAAGCAGCAUGAAAUACAGUAUAAAAAACACGAAUAACGAUAAAAUUCAGAAAUAGUCAAAAUUAGAUGAUCCCCAGGGCCAGCUGGCUGCGUUGAGGCCGGGGCUCUCGGAGCCGGGGAGGGAAGGGAAAGAAAAGACCGGGCUGAAUUCGAAUUCAAGGCCCGGCGGAAGGAGGUUCAGUCCUGAGGCCGAAGCCCCGCGCGCUCCCCUCCUGCCCCGCCACGCGGCUUCUCUGGCUCCGCCGCCGCCCCAGGUCUCGCCGUGGAGGCAGGAGAGGCCUCCGGAACGGCAAAACAACCCCGUGACGGGGCAGCUUUUCUGGCUGGGAAGAGAAAUCAGGCGGGGGGGGGGCAGCCCCUCCCCAGUGCUGAGAGUGGGAGGGAGAGACCCUCCACCCCCCCCAUUCUCCGGCCUGAGAUACAGAUUCCUAGUUCCCUGACAAUAAUGAUAAUAAUGAUAAUAAUUUAUUUAUACUCCACCCGUCCGGCUGGGUUGUGUGUUUGUGUGUGUAACGUGUGUGUGUACCUUAAGCUAGAAUGAUUAACUUUGGCACAAUUCUGCAUAUAAGAAACUUCACUCUCUCUCUGUUUUUUUUAUAAUAAUAAAUUUUAUUUAUACCCCGCCCUCCCCAGCCAGAGCCAGGCUCAGGGCAACUAAUGCCAAUAAAAUUACAGUGGUACUUCAGGUUACGGACUCCGCUAACCCAGAAAUAGUACCUCGGGUUAAGAACUUUGCUUCAGGAUGAGAACAGAAAUCGUGCUCCAGCGGCGCAGCAGCCACAGGAGGCCCCAUUAGCUAAAGUGGUACCUCAGGUUAAGAACAGUUUCAGAUGAAGAACGGACCUCCACUGUGAGGAAAUUAAGAAUUUUUUUGAUAGUAGUACAUGAAGAACUAAAGAAGGUGUUGAAAAUACCAAUAACAAAGAAACCAGAGACAUAUCUCCUUGGAUUGAUAGAUGAAGAGAUACCAUGGCGGGGGGGGGGGGAGAAGAAUUUUUCUAUACCUGUACAGUAAAAUCAUAAUGGGGGGGACGGGACCCAAUUUAAAAUACAGGUUAAAAUGCAAUUUUAAAUGCAGCCUCAUUUUAAAAGUCAAAACCGUAAGGGGAGGGAAACAUAAGGGUCAGACCGAGUCCAAACCAAAGGCCAGGCGGAACAGCUCUGUCUUACAGGCCCGGCGGAAGGAGGUUAAAUCCCGCAGGGCCCUAGUCUCUUGUGACAGAGCAUUCCACCAAGCCGGGGCCAGUACUGAGAAGGCCCUGGCCCUAGUUGAAACCAGUCUAACCUCCUUGUGACUUGGGACCUCCAAAGUGUUGUCAUUUGUGGACCUUUAGGUCCUCUGCGAGGGGUUGGCAAGAAGGGUGGAUGCGUAAAACACUCUGGAAUUGUAGCUUUGAGGCUGGGAGGGGGGGUGGGGGGUCUCCUGCCAACUCUCUCAUGCCAACUUCUUUGCAGGAAGUCAGGACUUUUAAAAGUGGCCUGAUCCAGCUUUGCAAGUGGCAGGGGUGUGUGGGUGUGGGUGUGUUGUCUCUUUCCUUUGUUUUUGGAAUAUUUCAAUAUAGAAGUUUUUAAAUGGGUUGAAACAAAAUUUUAAAAAAAUCCUUCCAGUUCCAGUAGCACCUUAGAGACCAACUAAGUUUGUUAUUGGUAUGAGCUUUCGUGUGCAUGCACACUUCUUCAGAUACAUCGUGCAUGCACAAUUCAUGCAAGUACACAAAAGCUCAUACCAAUAACAAACUUAGUUGGUCUCUAAGGUGCUACUGGAAGGAAUUUUUAUUUUUUAUCUUGUUUCGACUACGGCAGACCAACACGGCGACCUACCUGUAACUUUAUAUGGGUUGUUAUAAUUUCUCGUAUUUCUAUGGCUGCAUCUAUUCCCCAGGGCGGGUUACAACCAUUUUACAAUUCCGUAUUAAAAAGAGUUAAAACCAAGGACAGUCACAGGAAAUGGCUGGGUCAUGAAAACACAUUUCUCAGGUGCCCAAGGCUUCAUUAAGGAGUGGAAGGUGAGCAAUUGAGGAAAGGGAAUUUCCCAACCAAGGAUUCGCCACCAAGAUGCCCUGAGAUAACAACAACAACAACAACAACAACAAUAAUAAUAAUUAUUCCCCAGCCACUCUGGACGGCUUCCAACCAAAUAUUAAAAUACAAUAAUUCAUCAAACAUUAAAAGCUUCCCUAAACAGGGCUGCCUUCAGAUGUCUUCUAAAAGUCUGGUAGUUGUUUAUCUCUUUGACAUCUGAUGGGAGGGCAUUCCACAGGGUGGGCGCCACUGCAGAGAAGGCCCUCUGCCUGGUUCCCUGUAACUUGGCUUCUCGCAGUGAGGGGAACUGCCAGAAGGCCCUUGGAACUGGACCUCAGUGUCCGGGUAGAACGAUGGGGGUGGAGACGCUCCUUCAGGUAUACUGGGCCUUUGAGGCCGUUUAGGGCUUGAAAGGUCAGCACCAACACUUUCAAUUGUGCUCGGAAACGUAUUGGGAGCCAGUGCAGGUCUUUCAAGACCAGUAUUAUAUGGUCUCGGCGGCUGCUCCCAGUCCCCAGUCUAGCUGUCGCAUUCUGGAUCAGUUGUAGCUUCGGGGUCACCUUCAAAGGUAGCCCCACAUAGAGCGCAUUGCAGUAGUCCAAGUGGGAGAUAACCAGAGCAUGCACCACUCUGGCCAGACAAUUCGCGGUCAGGGUGGGUCUCAUCCUGCGUACCAGAUGGAGCUGGUAGACAGCUGCCCUGGACACAGAAUUAACCUGCGCCUCCAUGGACAGCUGGGAGUCCAAAAUGACUCCCAGGCUGCGCACCUGGUCCUUCAGGGGCACAGUUACCCAGAGAUCAUUGACCAGUGCGACCAAGGCGUGAGAGGGAAGGAAGGAGGCGGCCAUUAGGAGUUCUUUUUACAAGCCCACCACAUAUGAAAAAAAAUGUUCCUUCUGCCGUUUUACACUUCCGAAACAUGCUUGCAUUAGCUUUGUACAUUUUGGGCAACUUAUUUGGUGUUAAAUACCAUCUACAAAUCAGCUUCAGAUAGUUUUCUCUUAAAGUGUAACAAGGAGCACAUCUUCCACAACUUCUCUCAUGAAGACACUUUUAUAUUACGUCCCACAUCUCAUUGCCGCUUUCACCAUUUCACCCUUAGUUUCCCAUUCCAGAAGUCUUUUAUCCAUCUUAGAAAUCAAUCUUCUUAUAACCCCCUUUCAAAAACAGAGCUUUACUCGCUUUGGGUUGUGCCAUUUCGGGUUGCGCACUGCACCAAACCCGCAAGUACAGGAACGGGUUACUUCCGGGUUUCGGCACUUGUGCAUGUGCAGAAGCGCUAAAUCGCACUUUGUGCAUGCACAGAAGCACCGAAUCGUGACCUGCGCGUGUGUAAAUGCAACGCUGUGGGCUGUGGACACUGCGGGUCGCAAACGUGCUUUCCGCACGGAUCAUGUUCGCAACCCGAGCGUCCACUGUAGUCUAGUGAUGCUUCAUAAUACAGUCUUAAAUUUGACCGUGCCAGUCCACCUUUCUUUAAUAUCUGUUAAUAUUUUAUGCUUAAUUCUGGGCUUCUUCCCCUGCCAGGUAAACUUUGAGAUCUCCUUUGUUUGAACCAUCCUGCAUAAAUUACUGUCGGGUUUGUCUGGAAUAAAAACAACAUUUUAGGCAAAAGGUUCAUCUUAAUUGCAUAAAUUAUUCCUUGCAGUGAGAGUUUAAUUCUCCCCCAUCUUUCAAAAUCCUUUUUUACUUUGCUCCAUACUACAACAUAAUUACCAUGAAAUAAAUUUGGUCACUUUCCUUCUGGCAGGGCUAGAGGCUUACUUUUCUUCCUUCCUUCUGUCGUUAUUGUUUUUGUUUUAAUUAAAAAAAGAGCUCAGAAUCUGGGCUGUGGUCUGCUUCAGCCCUGGUUCCUAGGGAAUGUUCUCUCCUCCUGACCGUGAUUCAAUUUUAUAACAGAACAAUGGAUUUGUUUUGUCCGAAUUGCUAGCACCUCCAAUUUCAACAGGUGGAACGUGGCAGAAGACUAAGGGGCUCCUUCUCAUCUCUUGGAGACUUCCUAAGAGCAGAGAUGGAUGAGCAAGACUCAGCUGGCCCUGAAGCGGGCAGAAGCCAAGCCGUCCAAACUGAGAGCAGUGGGGGAUUCUGGGAAAACUCCAUGCAGAAGAUCCUGGGUGAGGAGGACACUCUCUGCUCAGAUGUGCAGAGCCAGAAGGUCUGGAAGUUCUGCUGCCAGGAGGCUGAAGGACCCCGAGAAGUUUGCCGCCAGUUCCACCAACUAGACCAUCAGUGGCUGAAGCCAGAAAGGCACACGAAAGCUGAGAUGGUGGACCUGGUGAUCUUGGAGCAGUUCCUGGCUGUCCUUCCCCCAGAGAUGGAGAGCUGGGUGAGGGAAUGUGGAGCAGAGACCACUUCCCAGGCGGUGGCCCUGGCUGAAGGUUUCCUCCUGAGUCAGGCAGAGGAGAGGAAGAAGGCAGAGCAGCAGGUGAGAGAGACUUUCCUCUGGAUACUCCCAAGGGGCUCCAAACCAGAGCAAGAGUAUCCCAAAAUGUGGUACUAAUGUCCCAUCCCUUUAUGGAUCGGAUCCAAGGAAUGCGAUCUGGUACCCCUAGAGUGUUUGCCUCUACCAUUGCUUUUCUAAUCCCCCUUCCCAUUUUGUUUUGAAUCUUUGUUGCUCUUUCAGGUUCAGGAUCUGUUGACAGAAAUGGGCCCCGAUUCCUCUGAGGCAGAGAGGACUCCGUUGGACACCAGAGAGUGGCCGCUGGGUAAGGAAGAAUGAGCUUUUUCUGUGUGUGGUCACAUUUUGUUGAUUUUGAAACUAAUCCGCGGGUUCUUUUCAUCCUUUUCGCGGGGGCGGGGUGGAGACAUUUAGGGCCAAGAGCUCAGAGGUUUAUUUUUACACGACAAAAUGUGAAAAGGGUACAAAUGCCAAAAUGCCCUCUGUAGGUGACACUUUUUCUAAGGCACUUAAGAGAUGCUCUGCUUCACCCCCCAAGAGAAGCGUGGAGUCAUGGCUUCUCACUUGCCUCUCUCUCGCAGGUGAGGGAACGAUGUUGGUAAGACCUCUUCUUCCGUCUUUUCAUGGUGGUGAAGGGGAUGCAGCAGAAUCGGAACCAGAUCAGGUAAUAAUAAUAAUAAUAUUUUUUUUUUAUACCCUGCCCUCCCCGGCCAGAGCUGGGCUCAGGGUGGCUAACACCAAUAAAAUCACAGGAAAAACAUAAUGGGGAAAGAUGGGGGGGAGGGGAGAAAACCCCAAUUUAAAAUACGGGUUAAAAUGCAAUUUAAAAUGCAGCCUCCUUUUAAAGUAGCUGAUAAAUCAAGACCAUAAGGGGAGGGAAACAUAAAGGUCAGAGUGAGUCCAAGCCAAAGUCCAGGCGGAACAGCUCCAUCUUGCAGGCCCAGCGGAAAGAUGUCAAGUCCCGCAGGGCCCUGGUCUCUUGGGACAGAGCGUUCCACCACAUUGCGGCCAGUGCUGAAAAGGCCCUGGCCCUAGUUGAGACCAGUCUAACCUCCUUGAGGCUCAGGACAUCCAAAGUGUUGUUAUUUGUUAAGGUCCUCCGUGGGGCAUACCCGGAGAGGCGGUCCCGUAGGUAGUAGGGGGAAGGAGACUGAGGGGCGUCAGGAUGCUGUCAGUGGCUCCUGGCUGGUUGCUCAAGAAAGAAUAAAGACAAGGGAAAGUUUCUUACAGUCCUUACGGAGAGAGGCUAUAGAACCCAGCCUCUUGGAUAAUAAAAGUAACAAUAAAAGUAACACAGCAUUCUAAAAUCAAUAUUCAAAAAUCAAUUCAAAAUCAAAUUCAUGGCAACCACUGGUCCAGAGUUCUAUGAGGAUCACCAAAGGAGGGGGUGAGACUGUGCCUUGGCCAAAGGCCUGGUGGAACAGCUCUGUCUUGCAGGCCCUGAAGAAAGAUGUCAAGUCCCGUAGGGCCCUAGUCUCUUGUGACAGAGCGUUCCACCAGAUCGGGGCCACAGCCGAAAAGGCCCUGGCUCUGGUUGAGGCCAGCCUAACCUCCCUGUGGCCCUGGACCUCCAAGAUGUUUUUGUUUGAAGACCGUAAGGUCCCCCAUGCGACAUACUAGGAGAGGUGGUCCCGUAGGUACGAGGGUCCUAGGCCGUAUAGGGCUUUAAAGGUUAAAACCAGCGCCUUAAACCUGCUCCUGUACUCCACCGGGAGCCAGUUCAGCUGGUAUAGGACCGGGUGAAUGUGAUCCCGCAGCGAGGACCCCGUAAGGGGGGAAAUGCCAUUGUCAGGCUGGCAGGAGUUGACCAGCAAGAAUUAUGGACAAACUCCUCCUCCAGCCUCUGUCUCUCAGCUUCACAGUCAAGGGAGAACCAAGAAAAAUAACCAACCAGCCCCCAGCUGCCAAUUGCCAACUGUCCAAUCCUUACCCUAAUACAGUGGCACCUCGGGUUACAGACGCUUCAGGUUACAGACUCCGCUAACCCAGAAAUAUUACCUCGGGUUAAGAACUUUGCUUCAAGAUGAGAACAGAAAGUGUGGCAUGGCAGCGUCAGCGGGAGGCCCCAUUAGCUAAAGUGGUGCUUCAGGUUAAGAACAGUUUCAGGUUAAGAAAGGACCUCCACUGUGAGGAAAUUAAGAAAUUUUGGAUGGUAGUACAUGAAGAACUAAAGAAGAUGUUGAAAACAUCAAUAACAAAGAAACCAGAGACAUAUCUCCUUGGAUUGAGAGUUGAUGAGAUACCACGGGGGGGGGGGGGGGAAUUUUUCUAUAUACAAGUACAGCUGCUAGAAUAGUGAUUGCUGCUAGGUGGAAGUCACAAACUAUACCCACAAAGGAGGAAUGGAUUUGUAAACUAAAUGAAUAUUUAAUCCUGGCAAAACUAACUGGCAUAAUAAGAAAUCAGUUUAAAAAGGAGUGGAAAUGUUUUGAUGAAUAUAUGGCAAAAUAUUGCUGGAAAAAAGAUACGCUAAUAUGCCUAGAUUAAAAUGUGAAGUACUGGAUGGAAGAAAAAUUAGUAAUGAAAGAUAAUAAUAAUAUAUAGAUGAUUUGAGAAGAUUGUAGAAUGCAAAGAUUAUUGUAAAUUGUAUAAUGUGGAGGAAAUCGAAUAGGGGCGGAGGGAAGUGGGAGGAAGGAGAAAAGGAUAAUAUGUUGGAUUGAAGAAAUAGAAAUGUAAAUGUAUGGGGGGGAUGGGGAGGAAAUGGUGUUGGCUUUGGUACAUCUGUAUUGUAAUGCAAUAUGUGAAAACCAAUAAAUAAAUAUUAAAAAAAGGAAUGGACCUCCAGAUCGAAUUGAGUUCUUAACCAGAGGUACCACCGAUUCUCUGCAAAAUGCCUUCCCAGUGACAUUGCAUUAGAAAUACUAACACGAGGCAGUUGACAAACCAUAGAAAACAGCGGCCACGAUUCACCUAACCAGCCCCAUCAGUUGCACAGCGGGGCUUUCUGCACUCUCCUCCCCCUCCCUGGGCUCUCAUGUGCUCCUUGAAGUUGGUUUUAGGGCAUCAGGUGGUGCACCGGGAGAGUAGAGAAGGGAUCUUUCCGUCUCCCAAACGGGAAUGCUUGAGCAGACAGAAUGAUUUGAAGAAGAACACCGUGUGGAGUUCCACCCAUUUGCCCAAAGAUUAAGACCCAUCCUUAAAAGGAAGAGAAGACGUCACCUUAAACUCCCGUAAUUGAAACGUACAGCAGUACAAUCCCAUCAAAACAAGAGAGCAAUUAACAAGCAGAAAACAAUGUCUAGCAGAUCAUCCUUACGCUGCCUAAUAGAAGACCUUUUUUCUUUUUCUUUCAGGGUCCGGUGAGCUUUGAAGAUGUCGCUGUCCACUUCACAGACGAGGAAUGGGAGUUGCUGGACCCUGACCAGAGAGCUCUGCAUACGGAGGUCAUGGACGAGAAUCGUGAGAUCCUGGACUCUCUCCGUAAGGCUUUCUGCUGGAUCAUAAUAUCUGUUUUGAAAUUGCAUGUGUAUCUCUAUGUGAUAAACCACCAAUAUUUUGAUGGAGCUCAACAAGCCUCUGGGAUUCUAACAUCCCCACCGUGAACCCUGAAUGGAGGGAUUUACUCUGUGAAUAUUCUUCCUCCAUUAUCAUCAUCAUUCAAUGUCUAUGCUGCGUUUCCACAGUUAAAACAAAGCUCAAGGCGGCUUACAAUAUGAAAAGAUUUGCAUAAUUACAAAUAUAUCAAAGUAGUCAUGUUGUUGUUGUUUAGUCGUUUCGUCGUGUCCGCCUCUUCGUGACUCCAUGGACCAGAGCACGCCAGGCACUCCUGUCUUCCACUGCCUCCCGCAGUUUGGUCAGACUCAUGUUUGUCGCUUCGAGAACACUGUCCCACCAUCUCGUCCUCUGUCGUCCCCUUCUCCUUGUGCCCUCCAUCUUUCCCAAUAUCAGGGUCUUUUCCAGGGAGUCUUCUCUUCUCAUGGGGUGGCCAAAGUAUUGGAGCCUCAGCUUCAGGAUCUGUCCUUCCAGUGAGCACUCAGGGCUGAUUUCCUUAAGAAUGGAUACGUCUGAUCUUCUUGCAGUCCAUGGGACUCUCAAGAGUCUCCUCCAGACCAGAAUUCAAAAGCAUCAAUUCUUCGGCGAUCAGCCUUCUUUAUGGUCCAGCUCUAAUAAUAAUAAUAAUAAUAAUAAUAAUAAUAAUAAUAAUUAUACCCUUCCCAUCUGGCUGGGCUUCCCCAGCCACUCCUGGCAGCUUCCAACAAAAUAUUAAAAUACAGUAAUGCAUCAAACAUUAAAAGCUUCCCUAAACAGGGCUGCCUUCAGAUGUCUUCUAUAAGUCUGGUAGUUGUUGUUGCUCUUGACAUUUUCUCUUCUCCAGUUAUGCCUCUUCAAACAAAGAUGAGGCUGGUCUGAAGUGCCCGGGCCUUUUAAAAUGUAGAUUUCAGCGUCAUUAGGGAAGUUGAAGUAACUUCUGUCAGGUUUUUUUUUUUUUUAAUGAUAUUUAUUAGAAGUUUUAAAAAUUACAAAAAAAGGAAAAAAAGAGAAAACAACAAAAAAAAUUUAACAGGACAUACAUUACAAUACAUAAAGAAAAGAGAACAUAAAAAACAAUACAACAAUACAGCAAAAAAGAACAAUAACAUUAAAACACACAUCCAUAUUCCAUAUCUUUAUCUUUCAUUUACUUGUUUCAUUGACCUCCUCACACCUCCCUUUUUGUAUUCUAAUUCAAUUAAUUGUUUCAGCAAAUUCUUUCCAUCUUUCUCAAUUUUUAUUCUAUAAUUUAUCUUAACGGUCUAACCUAUUAAUUAACUCAGCAAAUCCUUUCCAUCUUUCACUGUAUUCUGUCAUUAAAUUACCUUAAUUUAUUUUAACCUUAUCUUACCAUAAAAAGCCUUAAAACUUAAACUUAAAACUUAAUACUUAUUUAUACAUAACUCCUUAUAUCAUUUCUACUAAAGCCAAAUAGUUUCAUUCCAACAUUUUUCCUAACACUCAUUAAUUUUACACUAUUUCUCAAAAUGAAUUUUUAAAAACUUUCUUCCAAUCUUCAUCCAUCGUCUCUUCUUCCUGGUCUCGGGUUAUGUCAGUCCUUUCUAUCCAUUCCAUCUAGUCCAUCAACCUGGUGAUCUUCUGUCCGAGGCUCUUAAGUCUUUUCCAUGUCCCUUCUGCAGAUCUUCUUCUUGUUUAUACCUGCACUUUACUUUGUCUUUUGUUGAUCUUUUUCUUAAUUUCUUUCCUUUCUCAUUGAGGAGUAGGUCUCGGGGAGACUCCAACCCAACAAUAUCUCCAUCCCCCCUCGACAGGUCAGCCCACUCUCCACAGUCAGCAUUGUAAUCCAAAAGGUAUUUGAAAGCAUGUUUCAAAGUCCCUCCAAAAUUAGGAGCCCCCACAACUCCAGACCCCCCCUGGCCCAAAACCAAAUCCCAAGAGCCGAAAUGGCCCUGCAUAGGGGGAUCCAUCCAACUUCCCAUCUCCAAACCAAACAGUACUCCAUCUCUCCAAAUCUGACCCUCUCCAGGUUCAGUCUUCAAAGACUGCAGCUUAUGCUCCUGCAGGGCCUUGGGUCUCUCCAUUUGUGUUAGUUGAGGUUCAACAACAGCCUCCUCCAUUAUCUUCUGCAUUUGCCCUGUCAAAGCAGAUUCCUGGGUUGGUUCCUGAAUGGUUUCUAUAUGCGUAUUCACUGUUCGUCCAAAAUUACUGACUGCAACAGUCAUCAAAUCCAUCUUCUCAUGCAGCUGCUCCAACAAAGCGCUUGUCUUGCAAAAAGCAAGCACCAAAACUUCUUCUAGGCACAUUCUUGUCCAAGGUCAGUCUGGUCUCACGAUCCUUAAUCUCCACAGCUGUGGAAUUCCCCAGAUCGACUCCAGCAACAGUUUAACAAGCUCCCUCUAGAGGAGACAAUUUCUAUUUGUAUCCAUCUUUUAAAAGCAGGUCCAACAAAAGAAAAUUACUUUCGUUUUUCAAAUACUUUGUUUCUUUUAAAUGCAAAAGGCAACAUUGGAAUCAAUAUUAUAAUGAGUGUGGGGUUGCUCGUGCGUAAGUUGCCGCCUCUCCUGGCUAUGUUGCCUUGUUAAACCUUUCUGUCUGGCCAGCCCUUCACUUCGUGGCUGCCUCAGUCGCUAGCAGAAUCUGUCAGUGGGCGUUUCUUAAACCUUUUCCAACAUAAAAGUUGUUUGACGCCCAGUCUCCUCCUACUCUCCCUGCGCGGAAGCCUUCUGCGCAGGGAGGGGUGGGUAGCGGAGGACCCGUGCUCUCCCCGCUGGUGUCCAGUGAAGAGUCCUGGAGCCCUCUCGCCGAUUCCCCCAUCUGCCCCCCUUUAUCCCUGGUGUGGCGCUGAUUUGCUUCCCCCUCUGCUGAGCUGCCUCUCUCCCUGCUGGGCCCUUCUCCAGCAUCAUUUGAGAGCCUUCCCUCCGCCUCUAGCUCCGAUGUCAGUUCCCUGACAAAUAUGUUUCUCUUUUUUAACUAUCUGUCAAAAGACGUUUCAUUCACAGUCAAUGAACUUCCCCAAAACGUCUGUCUCUGACACCCCGUUCCCAGGUUUGAGACGGUGGAAAUUUAUCUUUCUUUACUCUCUCUCCUGCAGGCUUAAACAAUCUAAAAUUCCCCCUCCUCUUCUCCUGCUUCCAAGAGGGGUUUUGGUAGUUUUAACUGAAGAAAAUUCAGUCCUUUGUAUACGACUUUCCAGACUUUAGCUUGCAAAAUUUUGCUUCAAUCUAUUUACAAAAGCAGAAGGCGGACUUCCUGUUUAGAACCUUCCCGCUUCGGUGCCAAAUUAAAAUAUUUCGUAGUCCAAUUUUCUGUUCUACUCACGGAUAGUUGUUUAGAGUCCAAUUGUCCACAGGAAAAAGUCAGCGCUCUCCGGCAACGGCUGUGCGGCUUCACUCCAUAAAAGUAGCGGUUGAUUCAAAACACCGUGCCACUCAACCCACUUCGCUUCGGGACCCCGAAAAAGGGUUUCCCCGCGAGUAGGGGAGGCGCUCUUGGUGUCAGCCGAAUCCCACGUUCCCAAGCUUCCUCCGCCUGGGAUUUUUGAAGGGUCUCCGCCUCCGCCGCGGUGGCAAGACCCGAUUUUCGCGGAGCGGGUUCCUCUCGGUCAGAGCAACUCCGCCAUUGCCGAUGGCGCUAACCCGGAAGUCUGUCAAGUUUUUUGUUUUGGCUUCUGUUAAGUUUUGGUUGACCAGAGAGAUAACUGACCAUGGACUGGAUUCCAUGGUUGGGCCAGACAAAACCUCUCCCAGAAGAGAGCCGGGCCUUUGGAAUCUCAGGUUCCCAUAUAUAUCAGUUAAUACCAGUUAACAAAGGCAGUGAAAACUAUAGUAAGGCCCCACAUCUAGAAUUGGGGGCUCAAUUUCUUCCUGAGGACCUAAUUAGUUUCUCUCUUGGUUUUUGUUUUAAAUUUUUCUUGAGUUUUGCUUUACACACAUCCACAGAAAGAUUCCAUCCACAGUUCAAAUUAAAUCUAAAAAUAAACAAAUACACAAAAAUACAUAAUAACUAAAUAUCUUUCCCUCCACCAAUUACCCAUGAUUAUUAUUCUGAGUUAUCAAACCUUGUCUUUUGAGUUGACUUCUGCCCACCACCUCAAUUUGAGUCAUUCUUUUAUUUCCUUAACUGCCUUCUUUAGACGUUCUUCAUUUCUUGGUAUUAACUUAUUUAAUUAUAGUAAUUGUUUUGUCUUUGGCAAAAAUUAAUCAAAGCAUAAUAAAUAUUUUAUUUGAGAACAAUGUUUUUCUAGGUAAUUUUUAUAGACUGCCAUUCCUUACUGAACUUUUGGCUUGUUCGGUAACUAAUUCUUUCUGUCAUUUUAGCCAGCUCAAUAUAUUCAAAUAACUUUAUUUGCCGCUCUUCCUUUGUUGGAAUCUCUUCCCCCUCCCGUUUUCUGGCUGUGAGCAUUCUUGCCACUGUAGUGGCAUAUAAAAAUAUCCUUCUUUUAUCGCUUGGGAUAUCUGAUGAUAGUAAACCCAAGAGAAAUGCUUCGGGCUUUUGGACAAAAGUUUGUUUGAACAUUCUUCAUAAAUACUAUCCCAAAAGUUCCUAAUUUUCUUACAUCCCCACCACAUUUGUAACAUUGUUCCUUCUGUCUGCUUACACCUCCAACAUUUAUUAGAAUUUGUUUUGUACAACUUUGCUAGUUUACUAGGUACUAAAUACCAUCUGUAAAACAUCUUCAUAAUAUUUUCUCUUAGUGUGUAGCACGCUGUGAAUUUUAAAUCUCUGAUCCACAAUUUUCCCCAUGCGUCCAUCUGUAUUGUAUGCCCAAAAUCUUUUACCCAUUUAAUCAUGACUUCUUUUAGCUCUUCGUCUUUUACUUCCCAAUCAAGUAGUAUAAUCUAUACAUUUUAGAUAAUACUGUUGCUUCUAUUUUGUAUUAAUUCUUUUUCUAGCUUUGAAUUUUCUGCUGUGAAUCCAUUUUUCUUAUCUACCGGUAAUUUUAAAGUUUCAUUCAAUUGAUAAUAUUGCAGCAAGUCUGUCACAUAAUGCCUACUUUCUUCGAAUUUAUUUAACUUCAAUUGAUUUCCCUCCUCUUCCAAUAAUUAUUAAAGGUUACCCAAUUCUUUUCCAUAUGUUUUUCUUUACCGAAACGGCUUCUAACGAUGAAAGCCACCAGGGGUUUUUCUGUUCCAAUAGGCCUUUGUAGUUAUCCCAUACUGUGUAUAGUGCUUUCCUUAUUAUACGGUUCAGAAAACCCCAGUGAACCUUCACCUUUCCGUAACAUAAAUAGGCGUGUUACCCAAAUCUGUUGUCCAAUCCUUCCCAAUCCAAUAAUUUCAUAAUUUGCAAAAUUAACCAUUCUUUUAACCAGCAUAGACAUGAUGCCUCAUAAUAAAUCUUCAAAUCUGGCAGGGCAAAACCUCCUCUUUCUUUAAUAUCUAUAAGUAACUUGUUUUAUUCUGGGCCUUAUGUCCUGCCAGAUGAAGGUUGAUAAGUGUCUCUUCCAUUCUUUGAAGCAUCCUGCCUCGCCUAUCACUGGGAUUGCCUAAAAUAGGAACAACAUUUUGGCCAGCACAUUCAUUUUAAUUGUGGAGAUUCUCCCCAAAAAAGAGAGAUUCAGUCUUUUCCAUAUUAAUAAUUUUGUUUAUCUCUUUCCAAGUCUUAUGUAAUUAUCAUUGUAUAAAUUUAUAUUUUUCACAGUGAUCCAAAUUUCUAAAUAUUUCCCCCCCCACACACACAAUUGAUAGACUAGAUGAUGACUGCAGCUGUAAUUUGUCUUGCGCCUCCGUAUUUUUAGCCAACAAUUUAGUUUUGUCUGUAUUCAAUUUAAAUCCUGCUACCUGGUCAAAUCCGUGGAUUCUUUCUAGAAUUUUUGGUAAACUUUCAAAUGGGUCUACUGUUGUUUUUACUAAAUCAUUUGCAUAGGCUUUUAAUUUAAAGGCUUUAUUUCUUACUCUUAUUCCUUUUAUCUCUGAAUUUUCUCUAAUUGUCAUUUCCAGUAUUUCCAGACCUGUGAUAAAUAGUAGUGGGGUUAAUGGGCAACCGUGUCUGGUUCCCUUCUUUAUAUUGAAGCGGUCAGAUAUUUCAUUGUUUAUUAUCAAUUUUGCUGUCUGAUUUUGAUAAAUUACCUCUGUGCUUCUCCUAAUCCCAUCACCUUUAUGGUUUUUUUCAUAAAUUUCCAAGAUAUAUUGUCAAAAGCUUUCUCCGCAUCGACAAACAUCAAGAUUGCCUGCUAGUCUGGUGUCAUUUCUAAGUACUCCAAUAUAUCAAUGCUUCUUGCCUUGCUUCUGGUCCUUUUCCUUCUUUUAAGAUCUUGUUCUUAACUGCUUUUAACGGUAUUGCAAGUGAAUCUUCUAAUUUUUUUGUAAUAGCAUGCCGGCAGUCCAUCUGGUCCGGGAGAUUUUCCUGGUUUCGCCUUCCUUGUCACUUGAUGGAUUUCCAUCAUUGUUAUCAGAGAAUUUAAACAUUCAAUUUUGUCACUUAAAAUCCUUGGAAAUUUACUUCUAAAAAAAAUAUUUUUCUAUUUUAUCACUGUCUUUUUCUGUUUGAUAUAUUUUUUUGAAAUAACUUUAAUUUUUUAUUUAUUGCUUCUGGGUCAUCAAUGUUGUUGUUGUUUAGUCGUCUAGUCAUGUCCGCCUCUUCGUGACCCCUUGGACCAGAGCACGCCAGGCCCUCCUGUCUUCCACUGCCUCCCGCAGUUUGGUCAAACUCAUGCUGGUUGCUUUGAGAACACUGUCCCACCAUCUCGUCCUCUGUCGUCCCCUUCUCCUUGUGCCCUCCAUCUUUCCCAACAUCAGGGUCUUUUCCAGGGAGUCUUCUCUGGAAAGACUCUUCUUCUUCUUCAUCAUCAAUAACCUUCCCUUUUUCUUCCAGUUUCUCUAUAAUCCAUUCUUUUUGUUUCUUUUGUAGUUACCAUGCAAGCAGUCUUCCUGGUUUAUUGGUGAAUUACAAGUUUUUUCUGUUUUAAUUAUUUAAUCUUUUGUUCAGUUUCUUGAUUUAUGAGUAUAGAAAGUUGUGUUUGUAGCAUUUUGAUAUUUUGUUUCACCGUCUAAUUUUGUUGUUUUUCAACAGUUCUUUCUCAUUAGUGUAUAAAAAAACUCCUCAUUACUGCCUUUCCUGUAUCCCACACUGUAUUUAUAUCAAUUUCUUCACUUAAAAUUUUCUACUAACUGAAAAAUAGUUAUUGGAAGUCUUUCUUAUUUGGUUCUUUUUUCUAUAGUCAUUUUAUCUAACUCUAAUGAGGGAAUGCCAUACAGAUCUCCCCGUAAUACAAUUUUUUAAAAUUACUAUAAUCUAGCAUUUUCUCAAAUAAUCUAGGGUUUGCAUAUAUUAUCACUCCUCUUUUUUUCAUCCUGUCUGAUGAGAUAAAUGCUGAACCCAGUUUUUUAUUUAUUAAGAUUCUUAUGUUUUCUGGCAGUGUGUGUUUCUUGCAAACAAAUAAUGUCCCUUUCCACCCAUUAAUAUGUUCGCUAUUUUGUUUCUUUUCAUCUUAUUGUUCAAUCCAUUUACAGUCCAAGAAAUAUAUUUUACAUUCAUCAUUUAAUUGUAAUUUAUUUCAAUACUUCUUUCAGUAAACAAAUAUACCAAAAAAUGAAUGUAAAGAGAAAAUUCCAGACACAUUCCUAAACAGUAAAACCUUAACCUUAGAUUCUCUUCUCUAGUCCUCUUGAUCACCUGUUGAGUCUACUCUUUGAUCCGCUUUGUCUUUUUGUUGUAGGUGGUGAUGAAUUGGAAAGGGAGAUUGACGAAAUCUACACAGUGGAUGAGCCAUAUACAUACAUGGAAUGUGAAGAGAACUUCAGCCAGAGCUCCUAUUCUGCUUCCCAGGACAUAAAUCCCAUUGGAUUUCUCUAUCAAUACAACGAAUGCAUAAAUAGCUUCAUUUGGCAGGAUGGUCUCUCGUCACAGGACACAACGCACAAGGGGGAGAAACCAUAUCUGUGCUUGACGUGUGGGAAGAGCUUCAGUCGGAAGGACCACCUUGUUUCCCAUGAAAAAAUUCAUACAGGGGUGAGACCCUAUCAGUGCUUGGAAUGUGGGAGGAGCUUCAUUCGUAGUUCCGCUCUCACUUCCCAUCAGAGAAUUCAUACUGGGGAGAAACCCUAUCAGUGCUUGGAAUGUGGGAAAAACUUCAGCUGGAAGGAAAGUCUCACUUCCCAUCAAAGAAUCCAUACGGGCCACAAACCGUAUCAGUGCUCGGAAUGUGGAAAGAGCUUUCGCCAGAGGGGCGAUCUCACUUCCCAUCAGAGAAUUCAUACAGGGCAGAAACCAUUUCACUGCCAAGAGUGCGGAAAGAGCUUCACACAGAGCACUAGUCUCAUGCUCCAUCAAAGAAUUCAUACAGGGGAGAAACCGUACCAGUGCUUGGAAUGUGGAAAGAGCUUCAGUCGGAAGGACCAGCUCACUUCCCAUGAGAGAAUUCAUACAGGGGAGAAGCCCUAUCAGUGCUUGGACUGUGGAAAAAACUUCAGUCGGAGGGUGAAUCUCACUUCCCAUCAGAGAACUCACACAGGGCAGAAACCAUUUCCCUGCUUGGAAUGUGGAAAGAGCUUUAGUCAGAGGGUGAAUCUUGCUUCCCAUCAGAGAAUUCAUACAGGGCAGAAACCAUUUCACUGCCAAGAGUGCGGAAAGAGCUUCACACAGAGCACUAGUCUCGUGCUCCAUCAACGAAUUCAUACAGGGGAAAAACCGUACCAGUGCUUGGAAUGUGGAAGAUGCUUCCGUCAGAGCACCUGUCUCGCUUCCCAUCAGAGAAUUCAUACAGGGGAGAAACCAUUUCCAUGUCAAGAGUGCGGAAAGAGCUUCUCACAGAGCACAGGUCUCAUUCUCCAUCAAAUCACUCAUACAGGGGAGAAACCAUAUGAGUGCUUGGAAUGUGGGAAGAGUUUCACUCGGAACAACCAACUCACUGCCCAUCAAAGAAUUCAUACAGGGGAGAAACCCUACCAAUGCUUGGAAUGUGGGAAGACCUUCCGCGAUAGGAGCAAUCUAACUACCCAUGAAAGAAUUCACAGCGGGGAGAAACCAUUUCAAUGCCAAAUUUGUGGGAAGAGCUUCACACAGAGUACUGGUCUCAUGCUCCAUCAAAGAAUUCAUACAGGGCAGAAACCGUACCAGUGCUUGGAAUGUGGGAAGAGCUUCAGUCAGAGCACACAUCUUACUUCCCACCAGAGGAUUCAUACCGGGCAAAAACCGUUUCAGUGCUUCGAAUGUGGGAAGAGCUUCAGUCGAAAGGAAAGUCUCAGUUUCCAUGAAGCAACUCACAUGGGGAGCAACCAGUUAAAUGCUAGUGAUGUGGAAACAGCUUCAAUUUCAGGAGAAGUCUCACUCUCCUUUUAAAAAAUCAUACUGGGGAAGGAUACCAGUGCUUGAAACUUAUGCUAAGAUGGAAAAAAACAGCAGAAAAACAUGCUUGGCCUAUCUCAAAAAAGGCCUCUCAUGAUAAGGACACCUCCCUCUUCUGGAGUACAAUAUCAGGCCUGCUGGAGAAUGCUUGCAAUCUUCCAGUAUGUACUAUCGGACCCAAUGAAGGGAUCCAAUAUCCUCAUUCACUCUCUCGUGGGCAGGAUGAUGACGUCAACCAAAUAACAGAAUCUUUGGAAAACUUUCCAUCCUGGCCUCCAGUAUCUAUAAUCGAGGUCAAGUACCUUACUUCACAGUCAAAAAAUAAUAAAGCACCCGGCAUAGACUGUUUGGCCCCAGAACUGUUGAAAUCUAACAUCGGCUGGUGGGCCUCCCUGCUGGCAGUAAUAUUCGAUUCAUCCGGGUUAUUUCCUGAAGUCUGGGCCACAGCUGCAGUCAUCCCUUUAUUCAAAAAGGGCCUUCCAUCCGAUCCGGCUAGUUAUAGACCAAUUUGUUUGCUACCUGUAAUUAGCAAAUUAUAUGCAAAGCAUCUUUACAAUAAGAUAGCUAAUUAGAUGGAGCUAUUUUUGCCGAAGAGCAAGCAGGAAUUAGAUAAGGCAGAUCCGCUAUAGACCAUUGCUUAGUACUAGCCUAUUUUAUAGAUAAGUAUGUUAAGAAACCAGGUGGUGUGCUAUAUGCAGCUUUCAUUGAUCUGAAAGCUGCAUUCGAUUCAAUCUCUCUAGUAAGACUGGGAUAAGUUGAACUCUUCAAGUAUAGAUAAAAGAUUAUUGUUAUUGAUUAAAUGUCUGUAUAAAAACGCUGUGCUGAAAGUGUGUUGCUCUACAAAUGGGCAGCUCACAGGAUCCGUACCAGCCACAAAGGCAGUUAAGCUUUGUUUAAUUUAUAUAUUUAAUUUAUAUAUAAAUGAUAUUGUCCAGAGUUUAACAUCUCCAGAGGAUCAUGCCUCUACAUUGGCCACAAAAGCCGUUUCUAUAUUAUUAUACAGAGAUGAGGCGGUACUUCUAUCUAGAACAAGAGUAGGCCUAAAAAGAUGGAUGAGGGCAUUCUCAGGAUACUGCCGAAGAGAACAGCUGGCUGUGAAUUGCAAGAAAACUAAAGUUUCAAGAAAUGAUAGGGCCCAUAGAUGGUAUAUUGAUAAUAAGUUGAUCGAACUAGUUAAAGUCUUUAAAUACCUCUGCCUUGUUUUUCAGUCAAUAGGGUCAUGGGGAGCACAUCAGAAAUGUGCAAAGGAAAAAGUGUCUCGAAGCGCCAAGAUUCUGUAAUGCUUUUUCCAUACAAAAGGUGGCGAUCGCACACCAUCAGCCCUUGAAGUGUUUAAAGCUAAACCCCUAGCACAGUUAUUAUAUGGGGCUCGCAUUUAUAGAAGCUGUUCAGUCUAAGUUUCUAAGGCAGUUUUUUCCCCUGUACAAUCCUGUGUUCCAAAUUCUUCAUUGUGCUUGGAAGUAACCCGUUCUGGUACUUCCAGUUUUUGGCGGUCCGCAACCCAAAAAAACGCAACCUGAAGUGUCUGUGACCCGAGAUAUGACUGUACAGCCUUCAGCUGUACUUUAGGAUCUAUUUCAAAAAAUUCCACUGGGGAAAUGGUGGUGUCCCUGUGGAGAUGGCAGUAUUGAAUCAGUAGCUCGUGCGCUUCUGGUUUGCAUUCUUUGUAAAGGUUUGAGGAGUGAGGUUAUUGCCCCUCUGUUAUUGUCUAUGACAAGUCACUCAACCAUUGCUCCUGUGUCCUUCUAGCAGAUCAAGAUAACCAGGUGACAGCAAAAACUGCAAAUUUUUUAGCAGGGGCAAUUAGAGUAAGAUCUAUUACAGUCAUACCUCGGGAUAAAUAUGCUUCAGGUUGAGCGUUUUCCGGUUACUCUCCACGGCGACCCAGAAGUAACGGAAUGUGUUACUUCUGGGUUUCGCCGCUCGCGCAUGCGCAGAUGCUCAAAAUGACAUCAUGCGCGGAAGCGGCAAAUCGCGACCCGCAGACGCGGGUUGCGUUCGCUUCAGGAUGUGAACGGGGCUCCGGAACGAAUCCUGUUCACAUCUAGAGGUACCACUGUAUUUGAUUAUUGAUGUAAACUUCCAGAAUGUAUUUUGUAUAGUUAAGUUUUUACCCCUAUCUCCAGUCCAAUGUAUUGUAUUUUAGUGCUUGAAAUGUGGGAAAGGCUUUAUUAAAGGCACAGUAGUCAAUGUGGGGGGAAACCGUUUCAGUGCUUGGAAUAUGAAAAGGAGGGAGAAGCCUGUGGGCUUCAGGCAGAGGGUCAGUCUCACAGCCCAUCAAGGAACUUACAGGGGGAGAAACCUUUUUUCUUUUCUUUUUUUUAGAAAAAGCUUUAUAUUCUCUAUUGAAAGUUCAGAAGUACAUAAUUACAGGUGCACAAAGACACACACAAAAGAAAAACAAUACCCAUGUAGAAAACAAAACAGAAUAACAAAAAAAGUAUAAAUUACAAAAAAAUUAAAAUGUUAUUGUAGUUAAGUAGCCCUUAAUAUGGUUCCAGAUAUCAUUGAGCUAUCGGAAGUCUACAUUUAUACACGACUUGUUCACGUGUAGCGAGUUUGUACAUAUCUUCAAUCCAGUUGUGGAAGAGAGCCUCAUUUUUAUUUUUCCAGUUCAUCUGUACCUGUCCUUUUGCCAUAGUAUGAGUGCAGAGAGUUUGUUCGUAUUGUCCCUUAGUUAGAUUCCAUGUUUUGGGGAUAUAAUUGAAAAGGAUGUUUUCCUCUGCAAAUCUAGGGUUAUUCUUUACAGUUGUGUUGAUCAUCUCUUAUUACCUUCUGCCAAAACUUUAGCAAUGUACGACAUUGUUCAAACCUGUGUUGCAGAAAAGCAUUAUCUCUGUUGUAUCUCCAGCACCUAGAUGUCUUAGAUGGUCCUUUCAUAAAUAAGUGCAAAGGAGCCCAGUAAGUUCUAAAUAUUAUUUUUUCUUUUAUGUGCUUUAUUUGAGGUCCAGAGAUAACACAGUUUCCCAUUAUUUGGUCAAGAUUGGCAUAUCCCACUCUGUAUUUCAUUUCUCCUUUAUGAACUGUGUAUUAAACUGGUUUGCUAUAAUAAACAUUUAUACAAGGCAA